AUGCACUCUGUAUUCAUCUUUCUGUGCUGUAGGGAGACAGAGAUAGAUUUGUUUCAUCGGGUCAAAAACGACGAAUUUCAUCAAGAAUCAGAGAUAAACCAUUCAACUCUAAGCUCUGAGUUUGGCGUACCAAGUAGUCUCAAAGCUCACAGUUUAUCACUCUACAUUUCGGUCCUCGCGGUGACGACAAUGUCAUCAUUGUUAUCAUCCUUUACUUUACCACUAGGAAUAUAUGUAUCAUUAAAUGUAUGUCAGUAUACCUUAUCCUCAUCCUUUCUCUCAUCUUAUUCUCCUCUCUUCCUCCUCUCACAUAGAUUUACAAGUUAUAUAAUCAUUUCAUUUAUUAUUAAAAACAAAAGAAUUCAUCCAAAUGAACCCAAAUCAAUUGGGGUUGCUCUACCAUUGAUUGGACACUUGUACAAGGUUGGAAAGGAUGAUCCACACAAAUUCUUUCUAUCAGCAGUCCAACAACAUGGCAAGGUGUUUAGUGUUUGGAUGGGAGACAGACGAUCAGUAUUUAUCUGUGACUCAGUGCUAGUGAGAGAGGUACUAGUCCGUCAAUUCCACGUCUUUACCAACAAACCACGUGACCCAAUCAUUAGUAUAUUCUCUAGUGGCUACAAAAACCUGGCUCAUGGUCGUGACAAGGAAUGGUCUCAACUACGAGACACAUUAUCAUCUGCCUUUAGUAACUGUAAAAUCCGUCAAAUCAGUGAUCUUGUUCAAGAAGAAACCGACUCUCUCAUCAAUGUAUUAACUGAUUUAUCUAAUUCUGGUCAAGUUUUUAAUCCACAAAGAUAUCUUCGAGUUUAUGCAAUGAAUGUUGUUUGUAAAUAUGUAUUUUCUUUGUCAUCAUCAUAUUCUGAACGCUCAGAGGAUGAAACAACAAAAAAGAUUAUGAAAGAGAUUGGAAGUAUGGUUUCUUUACUCAAGAAACCAUACCGAUUUAUGUAUGGACUGUCGUGGUUACACUACCAGUAUGCCAAGAGAUUCAAUAAUCCAAUUACAACCACCAAGAAGCUAAUCAAUGAAAUUCUCAAACAACAUGUUGAAACUCUUGAUCCAGAGAAACCACGUGAUUUAUUUGAUCAUCUAAUCACAACAGUUGGUAUGGAAAAUGAAACUAAUAUUACAAGAAUAAUACAUUGUGGAAUAGAUUUUAUAUUAGCAGGUAUGGAAACUACAAGUGCUACCACAGAAUGGGUCAUUCUUUAUUUAACCAAUCAUCAACAACACCAACAAAAGAUUUAUGAUGAGAUUGUUAAAUCACAACAACAACAACAACAAGAGAAUGUUCAAGAACCAAAGAAACGUGGAGAUACACCAUUAUUGGAUGCAUUUAUUAAAGAGGUGAUGAGACUACGAUUCAUUGUACCGAUUUCAUCAAUGAGAGAAUGUGGUGAGGAUAUUAUGCUUGGUGAUUAUUUCAUUCAAAAAGGAACAGAAGUGUAUCCAUUUACCUAUGGUUUGAUGCAUUCACCAGAUUAUUGGAAGAAUCCAGAUGAAUUCCAACCAGAAAGAUUCAUUGGUCAAAAUCACAGUGAUCAUUUCACACCAUUUGGGCUUGGACCAAGAGCAUGUCUUGGAAUGAAUCUUGCUCAAUCUGAAAUACAUAAUUUAAUCACCAAUAUCUUAUUGAAAUUUAAGUUAUCAUCUAUUGAUAAUCAAAAGAUUAAUGAUAAUUCAAAUAAUGUUUGUUGGACAAACAAUUAA